AUGUCUGGGGUUUGGGUUUUCAAGAACGGGGUGAUUCGUCUGGUGGAAAAUCCACAGGCUGAGACAUCUUCCAGGAAGAAGGCCUUGGUGCACUUGCCAAGUGGACAGGUGGUGUCGUCCUACUCGACGCUCGAGCAAAUAUUGACCGGGUUAGGGUGGGAGAGGUACUAUGGAGGCGACCCCGACCUCUUCCAAUUCCACAAGCGAUCUUCCAUUGACCUAAUCUCUCUCCCUAGAGACUUCUCCAAGUUCAACUCUGUUUACAUGUACGAUAUUGUCAUUAAAAACCCCAACAUCUUCCAUGUCCGAGACGUGUAG